UGACGGGAGUAAUCGAGUCCAAACGCAUGGCACAGAUUCGUUGAAAAAAUGGCGGUAAAGGGAGCGCUGACUCUGAUUAUUUUUUUUCCUGUCGUUUUCAGUGGAAUUUCACCUGAAAAUGCCUUAAAUGUGCCACAGGUUUUGCUUCCUUACGUAGCGAAAGGUUCUAAGCCUACAACAUUCGUGUUAAAGGCUUUGAAAGGCUGCUUUAAAUGGUCGUCUACAAAGCCAAAUGUAGCCAUCAUACAACCUAUUGAUAAUAAAUUAAACACUUCUAACUCUGUUGAUGAUGAUGAAUCUUCUUGCUCUCAGUCUGCACUGGUCACUGUAAAACUUAACAGUCCAGAGGAAGACACAACAGUUAUUUUGGCCGAAGAAGAAGGAACGGGAUUUACUUUACGAUGUGAUGUGUUUGUUGAUUCUAUUGAGAAAAUUGAAAUUGCGACAACAACACGAGAAUUGUUGCUGGGUGAAUCUCCUGAAGUAUUUGAUGUUUAUGCGUAUGACAAGGAAGGGAAUUUGUUCACUGCACUGGGAAGUCAAAUAUUUGAGUGGAGUUUUUCACCUGUUCCCCACAAUGACAGAAUUGACCCUAGGACUGUCUUAAGGUUCAUUUGGUUCCAUGAUUCAUCAUAUGAGACAAGUCCAGAGUUAUAUGAACUAGAAGAUCAGCAUGUUCGUGGUUGCAGUGCUUUGGUUGAAGGCAUCAAUACUGGUGAAGCUAUUGUCACUGCAAAGUUGACAAACGCAGAAUACAAGACUGUCAAACCCUCAAGUGUAAUGUUGACUGUUAUUGACAAUGUCAUGCUGGUUCCACCCUUGGCAUACAUUAUGUAUGGUCAGUAUGUCAAGUACAAUGCCCGCAGGUUACGACGAGGAGAGAAAAAAGAUAUUUCGCUACCUUCCCAGCAAUACACAAUCAAAGUUUUGGAUGAAUCAGUUGCUUCACUGAACCAGGAAAAUGCAUUGGCACGUGGAAUGAAAUUGGGAAUGACCAAAAUUCAGUUGGUUGACAAAAAUAUGGCAGAUGUAUCAUCAGCAAGAAGACCGACUGCUAACCUUCAUGUUGUUGAACCUGGAAAAAUUGGUUUUGCAAUCAACCCUGGUAAAUUAUGGACAUUACAAACACAAAGAAUAUACGAACUACACGUCCGUUUAUUCGACAAUGAUAACAAUCGCAUUGAAAUCACUGAUGAUACAUUUCUGACUUCAACUCUCUUCGAAGAGUAUUUUACCAUCUUCAAGAAAUCUGAAAACGGUUCUUAUUAUCAUGUACAAGCGAAGAAGCCUGGAAAAACGGCGAUUACAGCUCAAACCAAUCAAAUAAGAUAUCCUGCUGAUGAACCUAUUAAAAUGAAAGAAUUAUAUGGAGAGCAAGAUAUUGAAAUUUAUGACCUUGUAACAGUUGAACCUGAAUUUGUUUUAUUCCCAUGGGACGCUACAUUGUCUACAACACAGAGUUACAAGUAUCAGUUGAUUGGGAAUGGUGGUAGUGGUAACUACGUCUGGAAAUCUGAGAACAACACUUUUGCAAGUGUGAACAAAAAAGGUGUUAUUUCCACAGGAAGUGCGAUAGGACAAACGCAUAUAAAAGUAGCUGAUAUUAAAAAUCCUAAUAAUUUUGCUCUUUCAACUGUGGCUGUGUUACCACCGCAUGAAAUGAAUUUUAUUGUUAUGCGUGUGGAAGUUGAAGUUGGAAAUAAGAUGGAACUGCCUUUGACGGUGUUUGCGUUUGUUGAUCAAGAUAAGAAAGAAAAAAAACAAUUUUCCGAUUGUCGAAAGAUGCAAAUCGAUGUGUCGUUCUCCGAUCCCACAGUUUUUGAACUUGUGAAGUCCAAUGGCGAAGGUUUAUUACCUGAGAGUGGCUGCACAAGUAUUUAUGUCAAAGGUUUGCAUGUUGGUCAUACAACUGUAACUGCUAUAUACACAUAUGCUGAUGUAACACUGCGUGCGUCUGUUGUCAUUGCUGCGUAUGUCCCAGUACAUGUUAUUGAUCCAACAGAAUUUGCCACUGUAACUCUGGGUUCAAGGAAAACCAUUGUGGCUGAAGGUGGACCAUUGCCAUGGGUGUUGGAUUCUAGUCAUUAUUAUGAAGUGAUGUCUGCAGAGGAAGAUGAUUGGGUACAGAUAAGUCAUUCAAAAGGAAUGAAAGAUAAUGUUCACAAUAAGCAUUAUUUUGAUGUUAUGUGCUCCCAACUUGGUGAGCAAUUGUUGACUGUUGAGGUUGGAAAUAAACCGACUGCAAAAAAUCAAUAUCCAGCAAGUUCCUCUGCCACUGCAAGAUAUUUGUGCACACCACCUGCAACGUUAAAGAUGUUACCAGUUAUCACUUUACCAAUGAUUGAUGGAAAAAGAAGAACGUUGGAGAGUUGUCAUGAUGAUAUGAAACGGAUUCCUGUCCGUAAUAACCGAGAAUUGCGUGUAAAUGUAUUUGUUUAUGACUCCAACGGUAAUAUUUUUGAUGAUGCAUCAUCUCUACAAAUCGAUUGGUCAGUUGACGAUUCACAGGCAGUACUUUUAAGCCACAAAGAUACGCGAUACGAACACAAAGAACAUGGUCCUCUUGGUACAAACGGAGGGGUUCAAGGUUACCAAAUGUUUCGUGUGCAUCCUACAAAUGUUCCAGUCAUCAUCACAGCAAAAAUUACAGGGUACAAAAACAAAAACACAGAGCAUGUUUUUCAAAUCUCAGCCCAACUUCACCUGAUGUUAUUUUCAGAACCAAAAAUAUCACCAAACAACCUGUGCUUGUUCGCACAUCCCACAAACAAGUUAAGUCUUAAUGUUGAUAGUGGUACUGAUAAUUUUGUGUUAAAAACAAAUGAUGGCAGUCUGGCCAGCUUGCAGUUCUCACCACCUGACACCAUUUUGGUUACCCCUCACGAAGAAGGAAAGUUGACAGUAUAUCUACACGAUGCUUGUCUUGAUGCAGACGGUCCUGCGGAAGCACAACUUGUUUUCUCUGAUGUGUAUUCUCUGCGGUUAAUGGUUCCAGACAAGGUUGAAGUGGGACAAACUAUUGAUGCUAAAUGUGAAGCGUUAGAUCAGCAUGGUCGUGUGCUGAGUGUUGCUGAUGUCAGCAAACAGUUAAAAUUACAAUUAAAAACAUCUGUUCAUAUAAUGGAUAUCAGAACUUUAGCACCAAUAAAAGAAAUACAAUUUGAUGUUGAUGCAAGAUAUAACUUAACCGGAAAACAUGUUGGUCUUACCAGUGUCAUGUGUCACUCAUCCACACUCUCUGGAGGAGAGAUUUUAAGCAAAGCUAAAGAAGUGCAGGUGUUCUCAGCUAUCCAACUUGAACCAAAGUACGUUUUGUUAAUCGUUGGAUCCACUUUCCAGAUCAAUAGUUUUGGAGGACCGCGACCACAAUCAACCACUCAUUUCUCAAUCAGUAACAAAACAGUAGCAAAUGUGUCGCAAGUAGGCCUCGUGACAGCUCAGGUGAUUGGUAAAACUGUUGUGACUGGAAAGUCAAAAGGGAUUGAAUCAGUAACAGGAAAAGAGAUUAUUUAUUCACAGGAUCAAACUAUAGUGGAAGUUAUCCAAUUAAAAGGAUUUAAAAUCUUGUUGAAGUCAAGAAAUAUUGUCAAUAAUGCUGAGAUAGGUAUCCUGAGUGUUGGCGUUACUGAUGAAAGUCCUUUCACGUUUGCAACAUCACCACCCUACUUGAAAUUUCAUUGGUCAUCCAGUAACCAUAAAGUAGCUGUUGUUGAGUCCCUUCAUUAUAAGUCUGGAGUUGGUGUUACUAAUGACAAUGAUUUUCGUGCUGUGAUUCGUACAGUAAGUCCUGGUCAGGCCACAAUCCAGUUAAAAGUUGAAGUGUUGAGUAAUGAUCAUAGUCAAGUUACUGUCCAUGCACAACUUGAAGACCGCAUACAAAUACAGGUUUUUGAAAAAUUGGAACUUAUCUAUCCAAGAAAUGGUGCUCUACUUCUACCGCCAAAUACUCAGACUAGAAUACAAACAAACAGAGAUCAAUCAUCUCGUAUCAGCUAUGAAGUAUUACCUAACUGUCCAAACUCGAAUAAGAACAGACUGAUAAAAAUAUCACCUUCUGGUCAGAUAUCCUCAAGGUCAUCAUCUGGAACAGCACAUGUCAUGGUUGUGCUACAUGAGGAAUAUGGAUUUAACCAAACACUCCUCCUUCAAGUAGAGGUGAAACCAAUUGCUUCUAUCACUUUGGUCUCAUUGUCACCUUUUGUUGUGGUGAGUGAAGGAAGACCUUCAUUUCCAAUUGGUUCGAAUGCACUAUUUGGUGUUACGUUACACGACAACACUGGUCGAUUGUUUGAUGUCGCAAACAUCCCAAUGAAACACAGUGUCAGUAGAUCUGAUGUUAUCCAUGUAGUACCAGACAACGAAAAUGCCACAUAUUCUUUAAGAGGUGCAAGUGUUGGAGAGGCGAUACUGAAAGUUUGGGAUAAGGAAAACCCAGCUAUAUCAGAUUAUAUUCGGGUAAAGAUCGGUGCAGGAAUUACACCUGCAAAGGUGACCGUGGUGCUAGGUGCGAUGGAGUGUCUUACCACAGCAGGCAAAGCCAACGGCUUAUGGAGUACCCCUGGUAGUGAAGUAUCUGUCAAUCAAGACUCUGGUGUCAUGGUAGGAAUGUCCACUGGAUCUGCUAUGGUGUAUUUUAAUGGGAACGGUGUUAACACAUAUACAGAGGUGUCUGUAACCCCGCCAAAAGGCCUACCAGAAAUUAUCGACCACGACAAUUAUCUGUACGUGUCGAACGCUCAACAAAACAGAUUCUUUUAUGUAUCGAUGAACAGCGAGUCUGAAGCGAGUCGACGUUGUGCCAACACAGAAGUGACGUCAUCGAAACAGAUACAGAUCCCUUUUUCUUGUGUCGCAAAAUGGUCGGAUGACAACUGUGAUCUGCGUGUGACGGAUAUUUUUGACGUGGACGGUGUCUAUGUGAACGGUAAACCUGCGUGUGCGUUUACCACUCGCGACUUAUCGAGCACUCGCGAGAAAUCUGUGAGCACGUUGGAUAGGAAUUUACUUCUGGCAGUGAAGUUAGUCGAUAAAAAAUCGGGCACGUAUUAUGAAUCGCCACCCGCUGAAAUUCGUUUCGUUCCGCAUGUGUAUGUUGAAGACGCAACCCUAAAUUUGGGAAGUGGACAAUUGACACAGUCUUUCGAUUUAUAUGGUUCGGAUGGACAGCUCUCCACCAUCAAGGCAACUACUGAUUCAUCUAUUAUUGACGUCGAACUGGUCGAGUCGUAUUCAAAUUCCCGACAGAAGUACAAAGUAUCAUUGUUAGAAAUUCCAACAUCGGAUACUAACGUCACUGUUAAGUUCUAUAGCUCUGUAACGCGAGUUUUUAAAACCGUACCGGUUUCAAUCCGAGGAGAAGCGUUGAAGAAAGGCUCUUGUAACGUCGGAGUUGCUAAGCCCGUCGGCACUUUAAAGUCGUUUUAUAGUAGUAUUGUCGGUACUGAUGGCGUUUGGAUUUUCGCUUACACCGUCAUCAUAGCGACUAUUAUUUUGAUUCUUAUUUUAUAUCAUGCGAUAUUCAAAGGACGUCAGCCAGCCGCCGUUAUGGUGCCAUCGCCGUACGUCAUGCAUCACUCUCCACCGCCGUAUCAUCAAUACAGUCCACCCUACCAAUCACCAGGAUACGCGUCACCUGGUUCGUACGGAAAACCAAACCCGACAUCAACAACUCCUCAACGUGCGCUGUUCAGUGUGUCGCAAUAAACAUGCCUCCCUUUACCGAACCGUCAAAACAAUUCUGAUUGGUGCUUUUUUGUUGUUUGAGUUUUUUGCUCGAUGUCAUUUAACACGCGGACGCUUGUAGAUCUGGACUCGUCAAACGUCGUGCAUAAAUGUCGUACGUCGUCAUUGAACGACAACUUGGUAUAUACAUUGUUGGGUUUAUUUAAUUUAUGGUGAACUAACGUAGGUUUAUAUUUAAGUAAGAUGAAGUGAAACUUCAGUGAAAGGUCUUUCAGAAACAACCAUGUUUUAGGUUGCUUGCCGAUUCGGCAUUUUUGUUUUACCGAGUUCGUCUCUUAAAAUGCGACGUAAGAAUGUGUGUGUAGCCAUUACUAGUUUUUUUUUUACAACAUUUUUGUAUUGUAUCAUGUAACGUUGUUUUUAUCAUAUUUUUUGGAAAAACUAAGAAGCAUUUUAUAGAUAGCGAUUAUAAUUAUAGAAAGUUCAGCGGCUUACCGCUACGCCAAAGUUUUUAUGCGUAGCGUUUGUGAGAAAUCUAAUUGGCUGAUGAAAAUUAAUGAUCACAUGACUAAUCGGAGUCCUAAGAGCCGUUCUGAAGCUUCAUGCGGGGUUUAUAUAGAAACUCGUACAGCUAUUUUGGAAGGAGUCAAUUGUUAAGAGUCUGACCCCGCUCUGACCCCGGAUCCUCCGUGGAGGAUAAGUGUUAGCACAUGUCACUAAUUAUCGUACUUGUCUUUUUGUGAAGGUGUAAAUAUACCGUGAUUUUAA